AUGGCUGAUACAAGUGAAGAUGUAUGUGAAACAAAUUCAAGUGCUACAGGAAUUGUUGCUUCAAAUGUUGAAGAACAUUUGGAAGGUUCGGGGGAAAUUGCAGAAAAACCGGAAAAUGAUACUAAAGAAUACUCCAAUAAGAAACCGUAUCUAUUUAACGUAAUGAAUUAUCUAAAUAAUUUCAAAACUCAAAUAAUGAAGAGUAUCUCUUUUGUUGAUGAUACGCUUCCCCAAAAACAUGUCAACAACACUUGUGCUUUCGAUUCAGUUUUACAAGUAAUAAUAGUGGCCCUAAAGAAUAACAGCAGCUUACAAGAAGCAUUCAAAACUAGUAAAAAUUCGUUUAUUAAAAUGGCACAGUAUGUAAUAAUUCAUGGUUGGAAGGAUCCGCAGGCGAAUGAGCUUCGAAUAAACCUGCUUCACGAGUACUUAGAAAAUGACAAAUCACGAGUGAAGGAUUUCCAUGGAAGAUUAUUUUUAAAUUGUGCCAUUAGUGUACCACAUGUAAUUCUUCACACAUUCCGCAAUGAUCCAAGUUGUGAGGAAGUUUCUAAAUGUGCAAAUGGAUGCACAAAUUUACCAAAAAAGAGGGCAUAUGUGACUAUUCCAUAUAAAGAACUUUUAAAUGAAAACUUUGACGAUUUAAUUGCUGACUAUUUAAGCCUUCCAGUACGUCCCUGUGAAUAUUGUACAUCAAUGGUAGAAACGAAAUUAGAAAUGACAGGUAAAAUUAUUUAUAAACUUUAAAAAAAAAACUAAAAUAAAAUAAAAUAAACAAAAUAAUUUGAUUUUAAAUGUUAAAUUAGACAUUUCAAUUUUUCACAAUUUUAAAUUGAAGGUAUUAUUUGUUACAGGGAGUUUUAUGUUUUUUGAGGUAGAAGAUGCUGAUUCUCAAAAGGACAUUGAACUAAAAUGUAUCCCUCAAUCAUUUUCAAUAACUGUCUGCGAAGAAAAAAAAACAUACAAACUAAGAGGAAUAAUUCAUUUCAUUCGACCAACUGCAAAUAUACAAUUAAGUACACAAUUAUCAAAAAACCCACUCGGACACUACACUGCCAUAUGUCCGGAGUCAAGACAUUUAUGGGCAGAAUAUGAUGAUAUAUGUAACAAGCACUAUGAUCAGAAAAGAGUCUGCAGAACAAAUCAAUUUAAAUGCUGUCCAAGUUUAUUGAUAUAUAGUAUUCUAUAA